GGCGGCGGCAACUGGUACGAGGUAGUGCGGGGGAAAACAAAAAACAAAUUUUUAUAAGCUUCGGUUUUUUCCUUUUUAUUAUUAAUUAUUUUGUUAUUUGAAAUAUUUUCUACGCAGCGGGUGUACAUCCGGUUAUCGGCACCGCGGCAAAGCAUAGCGCAGUACAUCACUACGGGAAAAACGAUAAUACUUAUUAGGUAUUUAAAUAAUUAACGGUCUCUCCGCCACUUUGGCACACCACCCCCUUUGGCGGCGGCGGCGGCGGCAGGUGGACUUAGCGCGGUGACCGAGUCUACCGGAGAAAUAUGCCGCGGCGGUACGGUCCGGCGGUGGCCUCCGCGCCGCGCACGCUCGCCGUAUCACAAACAGAUCAAUAACUCCUGCAAAACACAAUAAUAUACAUCCACAGCACACUCAGCUGGUCCUGGUGGCUACUCGGUGUUGCUGCUGCUGCUGCCCGUUCUCGGAUCCGAUUGUAACGCGCGAAAACUCGGCCUGUACGCCGCGCCGAACCCGAUAUAAAUAAUUGUUUUUGCUCCGGCCGUUUGUAAAUCCCAAAAAUUGAAAUUCCAAAAAAAAACCACCCCCUGCCCCAUUUUGCGCGGGGUCGCGCGACGUUCAUGUUGCCAACAAUUCCGGGUUCGACACUUCUUACAAGUGGUGGUGGUCCUUUGUGGUGUUUCACGCUCGGUACUUUUUGCGUUUCCCCCCCGACUUAGCGGUGUUCUUCUCUUCUCGCCCGUUUCCUCUUCUUUCCUUCUUUCAUUUUCUUCUUUACACAACGACAGUCGACGAGACUACUCUUCGUACGGAAAACCAUGAUCUCUAUUUUACUCAAGUCCAGUGUUCGUCUAGUUGUAGUUGUAGUAGUAAUGUACUCAAGUAUCGGUCUAGUGCCGUUGGCGUGCAGUCAGGCGCCUACGUUGUCUUACCAUCACGAUUCAGUGUAUAUUCAGUCUCAACAUGCUCCUUAUGUUGUGAAAGAUAUUGGACAGCAUUCAAGUAAAGAUACGUCUUCUAGUGAUCAACCUAUAUCAUCACAAGAUGAAGCUAAAGAUCCAAAUUUAAUUGUUAUAAAUAUUAGCACUGAUUCAGCAGGAACUGAUGAUUACAAAGUCGGUACAUCAUUUAUGGGACCAGGUAAAAUUUAUUAUUUCGCCCCGAAAAAUCCUCAAAAUAAUAAAAGUUCAAUUAUGGGUCAAGUAAUGCCUAUAACACUGUACGAAGACUUACUAAAAAAUACUCCGGAGAAAUACCAAGAUAAAUUAGAUUUGUACAAAAUUCCUAAACUAAAUAAUCUAGUAUUACCAUUAAGAGCAUCAUUAGCAGUUCCAAUUUCAAUAUUUAACCCAUAUCCAGAAACAUUAAAAGUUGUGAAAGUAUUUGGAGGUGGACCAGGCUUUAGUUUAAAAUUAAUGUCUGCAAAAAUGGAAGAUCAAAGAAGUGUUUGGGACAUUAUGCCAUUUCAAAAAAAACCUGUUAUUCAAUUUAUAUUCUCUGGACGUUCAAAGAAAAACCAUACGACUAAUGUUGGGUUGUUAUUGAGUAAUGAUGAUUAUAUAAAUGUUCCUGUAAAUAUUUUAAUGGUUUCAAAACCGGGCCUGUAUAGCUCAGAUCAUAUGAUCGACUUUGGCGUUGCUAGUAAAAACGGCUUGUUCAUUUCAAAAGAGAUAAAUUUGUGUAAUUCCGCCAAGUCUAGUAUUAUUGUAAAGAACGUUACAUCCGAUUCGCACUUUGUGACCGUGGAGUUUCCCAAUGAAAUAGAAAUACCUGCGCAAGCCUGUACCGCUAGUCACAUUGCUCAUGUUAGAUACUACUGGGAUUAUUUGGGGUACUCACACGGGGAAACAUAUUUCGGACAGUUUACCGUGAAGUGCAAUAAGGGCAGUGAAUUUUAUAUACCAUAUCAAGGAAGGACGCUUGUAGGCGAUUUAAAGUACGAGGAAGACGCCUUGCAUUUUGUUAUGUCCAAAGCUAUCCAUUCGACUAGUAUUAUCAAAACAUUUUCAUUGUUUAAUAAUUUUUCAACUACUUCUGUUGCCAUUUCACACGUAGCAGUUCCCAAAAACGCUACUCAGUAUUUCAAGAUAAGAGACUUCAAUCCUGUAGUUUUGAAACCGGGCCAAAAGAAAACAUUGUUUCGAGUUGCUUAUGUAAAUCCUAACAACAUUAAAAUGGAUUUAAUUUCAUACUUAGAAUUCAAAACAAACGCUUCAGAUUUUAUAAUUCCUAUGAUGGUUUACGACGGACAACUAACACAAGUUUUACCAGCUACCAACCUUAUUACGUUACCUCCUAUUAGAAUUAGUUCUCCUCGUCACACUUAUAUCGUAGUGGCCAAUGAAAAUCCAGUUGCUCUAAAAAUCAAAGAUUGGGGAACUACAUAUGCGCCUCACGUUACACUAACUUUGGUUGAAACAGGAGAAUUCAAUAUAUCCAUGCGCCGCAGCAAUGCAGACAGUUGGUCGCGGCCCAUGGUACGAGAAAACCGCAUACCGCCUCCCAUGGUAUUGCUGGCGAAUCAUUAUGCAAUAUUUCAAUUAUUGGUGUCUACGCCCAAUCCAGAUCAAAAUUUAACUGUAAAGAUAUGGAUCCAAUCUCAGCACCAACAAUAUAGUAUGCCACUUAAGGUGUCUGUCUUUGAUAGAAAUUUACAAGUAAUUGCAGAACCACUGAUGUUUGAAAACUGUCAUCCAGGAGCUGUUUGUACCGCAGAAGUAAAUGUAAUGUCGUGGAUGGAUAGAACGUUGGCCUUAACAUCGGUUACUAGUGAAUUUGUCAGUGAGAACGUCCGAUUUGUACCAGCAAGACCUUCGUUGAUUCAACCUCAAAUGGUGUCUUUAGUAGGACACAUUGAAUGGAUUCCUGUACACCAUAAGAACUCGACUAGUUGGAUUGGGCUGUUUAAUAAAGCCGAAAGAGCCAUGUGGCUAUCGAGUUUGCAACUAACAAAUUCAUCCGAGACUAGUUAUAUGGAUUUUUCUUGGUUUUAUCGUAAGAUGGGAAAAUAUUACGCCGAAGAAGACAAUCGAACCUUCAAACACCAAUUCACUUUGGAAACGGGUGGUCCCGAGACUUGUCAAUUUAGUGUUCACCUUCAUUUAAAGUGGCCAAAAUUUAUUCAAGAACCAGGCGAAAACCGACAGCAAACUACAUUUGAACUACCCACUAUAGAAGUGAAUGGUAGUCCCUAUUAUCAAAAGAUUGUCAUCAAGAACACAUUUCACAGUCAAAAUUUAACGUUGCACUUGGCUAUGUAUCCUGACCCAUACUGGUGUAACAUCACAGAGUUCAUUGACUUAUACGAACACGAGGUCAACUCUUUAUUGUCCUCGCGAAACGAUUGGGAACUAGUGUUAAAUGACACUAGUCCUUACCGAAAAAAAGAAUUGAAUGUGAAAAACUCUGUGUACGUGCCACACAAUAAAACUAUGUUGUUUACUUUGCCUCCACAGAAAGAAAUUGAGAUAUUAGUAAGGUUUCAGCCGAAAAAAACUGGUGUUAGUACAUCUAUUCUAUUCAUUAGAAAUGAUGUAUCAAUUCUUGAGAGUAUUUUACUUAAGGGCAUGGGUGCUUAUCCUGUGCUAGCAAUUGGGGGGCCUAUUAGAAAAACUCUUCCAUUCGUUUUCGAUUUUCAAUCUAGUCAUAUGACUGAAGUUAUAUGUAGCAAAAAUAAAACAGAACUGCCUUCAGAGACCAGAAUUUUUCUAAUAAAAAACUUUGGGAAAAAUCCAGUUAAAAUCACUUCGAUGGCGAUAAAUAAUAAUCUUUGCAAAGGUUAUGGAUUCAGUAUAUCGGAGUGUAAGAAAUUUGUUCUUUUGCCCAAUCAAUCCAAAGAGGUGUCUGUGGAGUUUACUUCCGAUUUAUCAUUAAGACAUGUACUACGUCAACUGGAGAUAGCUGUCGAAGAAAAUAUCAAUUCAGAAAUUUUUUCUCGUGUCGUUGUAUAUCAAUUAUGGGGCAUUGUACCUUCGGAAUGGGAACUUUGUGGUCAUCAUUAUACGUGGAAUGAAUUUCACAUGGGAAACGGAUGGAAUCGUCCGAAAUGGGAACCUAUAGCUCAUCAUGCUAUAAUUUUUUCAUUUAUAAUACUCAUAUUGAUUUCUUACGUGGUUCCAUUAGCUGCGAUGCAUACGCUAGAUCGUGACUUGUUGUCGAAUGCGUUGGGACAGGCUUGUUCUUCAAUAGCAAAUGGUAAACGAUCUUUGCAGGCUGCCGCCUUAACGUACGCGACAAAUGCUAAGAAAAUUGAAUACAAAAAUUCUAAGCACAAAGAAGGUAAUGAUGAAAAACGAGCUGAACUAAUGCCCGAUCCAUCGUCGCUAGGUAUUUCACAAAGUGAGAAUAGUUAUGUGAGACCUUCAGAUACUACACCGAUUUGGAGUUUCAUGUUGCCAAGUACAGAACCAGAACCCGAACCGGAACAUAAACCUGAAAAAGAUCGUAGUAGGUCGCAUUUGGUCGACGGUCAACCUAAAGAAAAAAUAAAGAGAAAAUAUUUAAGUCAAGCAGCGUUUGAUGAUAGCCCCAAUCAAAAAUACACUCAUAUUACUUCGUGGCAAAUCACCAGGAAUAAGUCACCUACAUCGCCAAUGGAUUCUCAAACUAACAAAAGUUCCAAAGUAGACGAGCUCAAAUUCGAAAUGGAGAACCGUAGACGAGCUGAGAAGUUAUUAAAAAAACAAUUUGGCUUAAAACCCGUGGAUAAUUGGAGAAAACAUAAAAAAGCUAUGAAUGCAGCUAAAUAUUUUGAAGAAAUAUUACCCGCCAUUACAGAUAAAGCAGCUAUAGAGGAGACACGAAAAACCUCUCCAGAACCUAAGGUGUCGGAUACAAAGAUGAUGAAGUUUCUUGGAAAGAGCAAUAAAAAGUCUUCGGCCGUGAACCUUCCGAGUACAAAGCAAACGCAUAGUCCAGUAUCACAUACGGCGUUGUUGAGUCCGACCAUACCGGACAUUAUUAAAAAGCCUAUAGCUUCUGUCGCACCAUACCAGAUUGUUCUCCCUAAAAAGCCAGCCAUAGCUUCUGUACAAGGUAUGCUGCAAGAACGAGCGAUUGAAAAAUACAAUAUGCCAAAGCCAAAACCUUUACCGUUUUCAAAUAAAAUCGAAAAGGAACAUGCCAUAACGCCUCGUCCAGUUGUUUCGAAGAAAUGUAUAAGUGAAGAUGAUGGAUUGCUUGCUGAGUACAAAUACAUGAAAAAAAAGAACAAGCCCGAAAGGAAAUCCUCAUUGCCACCCGCAACUCCAGUGCCCAAUGUUGUUAAAUCAAAAGUACCAGAAAGGUGUAAUUCGCUCGAAGUAGUAGCAAAACCAAAAAUCAAAGACGUGACGACACAGCCAAUGACUAAUAAACAAGAAUGUUUGUUGACUUACAAAAAAAAGUCUGAGCCGCCGCCGCAGCCAGAAGUGGAGAAAAAAGUUACGGUUUUAAAUCAAAACUCUGAUGAUAUUCAUAUUGAUAUCACACCAGCAAUCACAAACAAGCACGGUCCUGUGGGUUCUGGUCGAGAUAGGAAGCAAGAAGACAAGACUACCAACACCAAUACAGAUACAGAUUUAGCCGGGCCGUCAAAACAAGAAUCUACAGAUAAUGCAAUAACAAAACCAAACGCUGACAACUCCACUGACUUGAUGCCAUUUUCACCCGAUGAUCCUGGAUACAACUUGUGGACAUCAUUUGUUUGGGGGCCAGUUUCUGUGCAAGGCGAUAAAGAUCGUGACCCAAAAAUUGGAACUUAAAGUGCAUUACACGUAUAUACAUGUUAUUUCUUACCAUUUUACUUAGGUUUGAUAUUCAUUAUAGAUUUCAUAUUCAUGUUAACAAAAAAAAAAAAAACACUGCCCAAGUAGUUAUACAUAAACCUAGUUUUUAAAAAUUUAGAUAAUUUGCAACAAUGAAAGUUUUCGAUUGUAUUUUUUAGGCAAUAACGUAUUUGAAAGUUAAGACUAUUUUAAUUGGUGUUGAAUAUCUGAAAAUCUACAUGAGCACGACUUUUUAGGUAACUUGUUUGUUUUUACUUUGUUAUUAAAUUGUGUUUUUCCUUCUUCAUUAACUGUCUGAGUAAAAGUAAUAAAAACGUAAGACUUUUUAAAA